CGUCAAGAUGGCGGCGCUCGGGCGAGAGGCUGGGGCUGACCUGAGGGAUGGAAGUGUGGUGCCGGUGGGAGCUGGGGAAGUGCCCAAGGAAACUCAACAUAAUCUCCAAAGUGAGCUCAGGUUUUCAUGAGACAGAAGAUAGAGAUAAUUAUCAACAAGUAGCUACUAUUUUCUGCCAGCCAUGAAAAAGCUAGAACAAGAACUACAAAGGCCUGGCUACCUUUGGGGAAAAUGAUCAAGAAAACAAAAACUUAAUAUCUCAGUAAGUUAUCCUUCUACACUGAGUCCUAAGCAUAUCAAGAUGGCAACAUACACACAUGGUCAGCCCAGUCCUUCUCCAGGAGAUGCAAAACUCGAAAGACCAAUGGUCAUUGAAAUCAUCGAAAAAAAAAUUGAAUAUCUUAGAAAAGAAAAGGCUUUAAAUAUAUAUGGAACAGUAGGCUUUGGAACAACAGCUAGUUUCUCUGGAGUGCUGGCAAACUUCAUUUUCAGACAUUGCUUCAAGGUUAAACAUGAUGCUCUGAAGACAUAUGCAUCAUUGACUACACUUCCAUUUUUGUCUACUGUAGUUGCUUAUAAGCUCUUUGUAACAGAUGCUUUGUAUUCAGGUAAUAUAAGCAAGGAAAAUUGUGUUCUGAGAAGUUCACUGACUGGCAUAGUAUGUGGUGUUCUAUAUCCCAGUGCUUUGGCUUUUAUUAAAAAUGGACGUCUGGCAGUCAAGUAUCAUACUGUUCCACUGCCGCCAAAAGGAAGGGUUUUACAUUAUUGGGUGAUGCUUUGUCAAACAGAGAUAAAAGCAAUGGUGCUUCCUCUAGUCUUUCAGACAGUCGUUGGAGUAUUUAAUGGCCUACAACAUUAUGCAGUAUUUGAAAGUACACUAGAGGAAACUGUACAUGAAGAUUAACCAAAGAAUGAAUGGAUAUGAAAUCAGCAGAAUGGACUUUUUUAUGAGGACUCAGGCAUUGCUGAAGGAGUUAAAACUAACUCUGGACCCUUUUUUCUGUUCCUUUUGCCUAGUAUAUAGCAGGUACUCAAUAAAUAUUCAGUAAUUCAAUAAAUAAAUGUAAGUUUUGUCUUUCUCUCCUCAUCGUAUGUGGAAAUGGGUUUGAGGCCUGAAGUUCUGACUUAUACAUUAUAUAUUCAUUCAUUCAUCAAACAUUAAUUAAGCACCUGCUACGUCUCAGGCACUGUGUUACAUGCCAUAAGAAAUGGUCCUUACCCAGAAGGAACUCACAAUUAGAAGAGAAAUUUAAAAUGGGAACACAUAGCAUGAGAGGGUUUGAGAGGGAUACACAUAAUUCUGUGGGCACAUUGAGGGUGUGCCUGUCAGCUACCUGGACAGAAGAGAAAGCUAAGUGACAUUUGGCCCAAAUUUUGAAGGAGUUAGAAGUUCAUAAGAAAGCAAAAUAUAGAAAUAGCGUACAUCCCAUUUCUUUACUCUAAACUGAUUCACUAUACUUAGUUGCUUCUCAUUAACAAAUUAUUUUCACUAUGCUUUUUAAAGAACAUGUAUUGAGUGCCUAAUUGCUAUGCUUUCAUAUAGGUAUCCAGGGACAAAGAUUCAGUCCCUGCCAUCAACAAGCUUAAAAUCCAAAGAAACAGAUCACAGCAUGCAUUUUUAUGUCUGCUAGAGCAUUCCUGAGCUACAUAUUUAUCUUGGUUCAGGAAAUGAAGACUAUCUGAGGAAAAGAAUAUGACACAACAUGGAACCCCACAGCUCGUUCUCCUUGUCUUAACCAUAUUCAUAUUGAGAUUAAAAUUUCAUCAUCUGAGGCCCCAAGCAACCCAAAGCAGACAUGGAAGUCUUAACAAGGUGCUUUAUGGCAUCAUGUAUAACAAAUUGAAAUACAUUCACUCUUGCUAAUGGAAAAAAAAGUGGCUAGUGAGCCAUCCAGCUUUGUAUUCUCAGAAUAAGUCAUGAUACUUGAAACUCUACAAAAAGGGAAAGUUAUGCAGGGUGGGGUGUGUGUGAAUCAAGUCAAAUAGAUAACUAGAUCAACCGUGUUCAUAUUUUAACUCUUUAAAGAAAUUAUAUGAGUACAUGAAUACUUUUCUCACUGUGAGACAUUUAAGUGAUCCAAAGUGUGUGUGUGUGUACACAUUUGCUAUAUAGAGCAAGACUCGAAAAUUCUCCCUUCACACCCAUUCCAUCCUAUUUCUACUCCAUUCUCCAGAGAUAACCAUUAGCAAGUUUGCAUGCCUCUUGUCCUUGCAGUAUUCUUUGGUAACUUAACAUAUUUUUUAAAUAAAUGGUAUUAUCCACACAUAUUAAGUUGGAAAUUAACUUUCACUUCAUUCUCUAUGUCUUAAGAGAUCUUUCCAACUCAUUACAUAUAGGUCUAACACGUUCUUUUUAGUGACAAUAACAUUCUUGAUAAAUCCAGUAUUCACAGAGGUGAUCUUGACACCACCCUGGUCUCUCACCCUACCCCUUAUUCCCCUGGUCAUAUUCUAGACCUGUGCUGUCCAAUAUAAUAGUCACCAGCCACUUGUGGCUCCCGAACACUUGAAAUGUGAAUAGUCUGAAUUGAAAUGUGUCAUGAUUGUAAAAUACACAUCAAGUUUUGAAGAUUUACUAUGUACAAAAGGAUGUAAACUAUCUCAUAAAUAAUCUAUUGAUUACAUGUUGAAAUGUUACUCUUUGGAUAUAUUGGCUUAAAUAAAUUACAUUAAUUUCUUUUUUUUAAUGGGGCUACAAGGCAAUUUAAAAUUACCUAUGUGACUCAUUUUUAUUGUAUCAUGUUGCUCUAGACUUUGUCAUUAUCAAUAAAUUCAAAUUCUACACAUUCUCAAUUUUAAAAUCCUAUUUUCUGAUCACUGCCUCGUGUACUUCCGGUUCAUUUCAUUUUCACACCACAACUCCAGCACUGCUUCAGCCUCACCGGAACCUAUAACUCAUCAACCUCACUACCUUUUCACUGUCCCUCAGCCCCUCACAUUUUUAUUCUCCAGCUUCAGCUUCAGCCACGUCAAUCUUUUUAAAGCCUGCCAAUCUCAAGGCAAAAGAAAAAAACCAAAAAUGAAUCUAGCUAAAGUUGAUUUUUAAAUAAAGAUAUUGGCACCUUGUGUUUUGUUUUUGUGAAUUUUCUGUUCAUGUCUUUGGUCCAUUUGCUUU